GUGUAAGGGGGUUUUGCGGCUCACAUCCACGCUGCAGUCGGCUAGUUUGUGUGGGGAGGCGACAGCAGCAGGUGAGACGAGAACAGAGAGGAGGGAUAGAAAAACGGUGCGAAACGGGAAUAGUCGCCGAUACUUCUCUUCCAACAGACAGACGCACAACACACGGCGAGGACGCAGCAGCGCAGCACGACGCGCGCCGGUGGACGACAAAGUUUGGGGAUCCUGGUCUACUGUCUGGAACUGUGCCGUGAUUUUAUUCACUGGAUACUGCAAAAGGAGUUGUCACGAGCGGUUUCUGUUGUUGUCUUCGCACAGAAUGGAAAGGAAUUUGACAAGUCGUUUGUGGCGAGGAUCUCUGUGUGGAUUUUUGCGCAGGUAAUUGUGCUACGGGCUGACUGCGCAAACGACUGGAUUUUACGUUUGAGCUGCACAACCUAAGUGACAGAAAGGUGAUAUUUUUUUAAAGACAUUACAGAGUUUCAUGGGACAAAUUGGCAUUUUGUUUUCCACUAGGUAUUUUUAAUUUAAAAUGAGAUAUUGCCCACAAACCUAAGAUAAACUUUCCUUGUUGGUUUGAAUUGACCUUUGACGGAGCGCUUUAAUUGCCACCAGAAACAUCAAACUUUGAAGUUAUAUUUCUUCAAGACAUUACCUGGGAAGACAGCGAUUUUUUUUUCUUUCCUACGGUGACAAAAGGGAAUCUUAAAUUGACCUGGACUGGUGUGCUCAGGGAUUACUGCUUCUUGUAACGGGCUGCUCUCUGCACGAUUGUCAGUAUGAACCUGGGGCUGAGGUGCGUGUGCCGGCCGCUGUGCUGGCCUUUCGGCUCCGCGACGCUGGACUCCAGACACUGUGUGUUCGCUCUCACUAUCCUCACACUCCUCAUGCAGGUGGUGGUGGAGGCCAACUCAUGGUGGUCUUUAGCCAUGAACCCUCUGCUAAUUCCCGAGGCCUACAUCAUCGGAGCUCAGCCUCUGUGCAGCCAGCUGGUGGGCCUGUCGCAAGGCCAGAAGAAACUGUGCCAGCUCUACCAGGACCACAUGCAGUACAUCGGGGAGGGCGCCAAGACGGGCAUCCGGGAGUGCCAAUACCAGUUCAGACACCGGCGCUGGAACUGCAGCACUGUGGACAACUCCUCUGUGUUUGGACGCGUCAUGCAUAUAGCCAGCAGAGAGACGGCCUUCACCUACGCCAUCAGUGCAGCAGGUGUGGUGAACGCGGUGAGCCGGGCCUGUAGAGAGGGGGAACUGUCGAGCUGUGGGUGCAGUCGAGCGGCGCGCCCCAAAGACCUGCCUCGGGACUGGCUGUGGGGUGGCUGUGGAGACAAUCUCAACUAUGGAUACAGGUUUUCCAAGGAGUUUGUGGACGCUCGCGAGAGGGAGAAGAGCUAUCCCAAAGGCUCGUACGACAGCGCACGGCAAUUGAUGAAUCUACACAAUAAUGAAGCUGGAAGACGGACGGUGUCCGACCUGGCCCACGUCUCGUGUAAGUGCCAUGGGGUCUCAGGCUCCUGCAGUCUGAAGACCUGUUGGCUGCAGCUGGCGGACUUCAGAAAGGUAGGAGACGCUCUGAAGGAGAAGUAUGACAGCGCUGCAGCCAUGAAGCUCAACACGCGUGGCAAACUGGUCCAGCUCAACAGCAAGUUCAACGCCCCAACCAACCACGACCUAGUGUACCUGGAGUCCAGCCCGGACUAUUGCCUGAAGAACCAGAGCACCGGCUCUCUGGGCACUGUGGGACGCCUGUGCAACAAGACCUCUGAGGGGAUGGAUGGCUGCGAGCUCAUGUGCUGUGGGCGGGGCUACGACCAGUACAAGGCGCAGAUAGUGGAGCGCUGCCACUGUAAGUUCCACUGGUGCUGCUAUGUCAAGUGCAAGCGCUGCACCAAAAUCGUGGACCAGUUUGUCUGCAAGUAACAGACGGAGCACAUGUUUUGUGGUCAGACCAGUGUGAGGAGCAAAGAAGUGAACGAAUGAAAGAAAGAAACUAUAUAAAUUAUAUUUAUAGAGUUAAACAAUUAUGCCUUUGCAAAAAGACUUGACUUUUUUUUUUUUUUUUUUUUUAAACAACAAAUCAGAAACUGAGAAAUAUUUAUUUUGAGAUUUUAUUUUGGCCCAGACGUCAACAGCCAGAUUUAUACCCACCAAAUGCCUGAAAAACUGUUGGAAAAGCUCUCUGCCCAGUCACCUUCAACCUUUUUUUUUAAAUUUGGAUAUUCAAAUGGACUGAAUUGGACUCCCUUCUUCAAAUGUUGUAGAAUAGUUGAGUUUGGGGCUUGUUCUUAAAGAAUGACUGAAGAGGAUGCCUGUGCGUAUGGAUGUUUUGUUCACUGGCCCAGUUCUAGACAAUUACAUACUCGCCUCAUUGACCUUACGGCAUUUCAAGUAAGUAACACUGGUGGUCCACGUGAGUUCUUUGGAGUACAUUGGGUACUACACAGAGGGCUAAGAUUGGGGAUUGGGCCAUUUUUAUUAAGCUGUACAAGUGCCUUAAAAGUUCCCCGGGUGCUGCAACAAUCCCUCAACCAAUAUGCACUUUUAGACAGAAGCUAAUACCUGUCUGUAUGUGUUAACCAAGAGUAAUAUUAUAAUUGUUAUUGCGUACAUUCUUUUCCAUAUUAACAUCAAGUAUCCAUCUAACAUUAUUUUACAAUACGUAAAUGGUUUCAAGUAUAUAUGGGCAAUGUUGUAGUGGUGACUUUAUCCAUUCUCUGUGUAUAUAGUAUGUCUAUCCAGCCAAUCAGUAAAAUGUAUUUAUUUUUUUAACCAGACUUCAACUUCAAGCCACCAUCUCCAUGCUAUUGUUUGUUGGCGUUCUCUUCAAGCUCUUGUUUUGAAAGUCACUUUGUAUGUUAGUUGUUCUUGCGGCUCUUUCACUGUCUUUGUAAAGGGAAAUGCACCUUAUUGUUAUCAAAACACAUAAUCUUUCUGUUCACUUUUCAUGUUGGUUCGGUCAAGAAAAAAAAAAAAAAGAAACGUGUAUCUGUGAUUUUAAUGUGUGCACCAAUACCACUUCCUAUCUGCUCACUGUCCCUGUGGUGAUUCUCCAUAGACAACGGCAUUAUGUUUUACCAAUCCAACCAAGUGUAUUUAUAAGCUUCUCCAUGGAGUUGAGGUUUGAAAAUGUGUUAAUAUAGCUGAUAUUUUGUUACUUUUUACAAAUUGGCUCGAUGCUCUACUUUAUUUCAAUAAAUAUCCAUAUAAAA